CACAACGCGACCAGGAGCCGACCACAGAAGUGCUGAGAUUUAACAAAGUAGCCUAAAACGUGUCGAGGAAUAAGCGGAACAACACAAUUUUGCUUUUGAGUACAUAGAGUUGACUUUAUUUUUCUCAAUACAUUUCUAUUUUUCUUUACAACUGCCGUUUCUUUCUGGAAGUUAAGAUGAGGAAUCUGCGGUUGUUGUUCCUCGUCGGGCUGGCGACUGGGAUUAUCAGUGAAAAACUUUUUGUCUCUUCCAUGGCAGAUGACCUGUACCUAGAGGGACAAACAUCAGGUGACCUCCCUAUAGAUGAUGAAGAUGGAGAAGAGGGCGGCUCAGGCUCUGGAUCUGGAGACUAUGCUUUCACCGACUUGACAGAUCAAGAGGAGAGACUCCUGAGGUUCCUCAACUUCUCCAGGACCACAGUCUCCAAAGAAAUGGUUCCAAAUCAACCACAGCCAACAGCAGACUCUCCUCACAACCCACCAACCACAGCAGCAACCAGCCAGGCUCCACCAACCACAGUGAAGGACACCAAGAAAACUCCAUUCAUAUUCUCUGAUGGGGACAGCAGGGAUAAGGAGGUACCAGGUAAAACUGAUUCGUUCACACCGAGCACCACUCUCAGCUCCACCAGCGCGCCUCCCAGUGAAACUACCACAACCACAUUCGGUGUAGACAUCAGCGUGACCAAAGAUACCAACAAGGACAACAGUCUGGAUAGGUGGGACGUGUCGACACCCAAACAGCCUGAAGAAGAAGUCCAGAUGAAGGAGGCUGAAAAUGAAAUUCUCGCCAAAGAUGGCCGAGGCAGCAGACGAUAUGAGAUCGACCCUCCCGAAGAGGUGACCUCUGAGAACUUGUGGGAGAGGACGGAAGUGCUGGCAGCCGUGAUAGCAUGUGGAGUGGUUGGAUUUCUAUGCGCUGUUUUCCUCCUCCUCCUCCUCGCCUACCGUAUGAAGAAGAAGGACGAAGGUAGCUAUGACCUGGGAGACACCAAACUUUCCACAACAGCUUAUCACAAAGCGCCUACCAAGGAGUUCUAUGCCUAAACUGAGCAAUAGGGACUUUAAAUGGAAUCUGUCUCCUCCCAGUCAGGAUUGAGAAUGGAUCUACAAACAACUAAAGACGAUUCCUCUUUGAGUGUGAAGUUUGAAGUCAAGCACCUCUGUUUUCCUGCAGUGCUCCUUCCAGCUUUUCUUUUACCUUUUCCUACCUUCUUCCUCUGCCACCCUCUCACAUCUCUAUAUAUGUUCAGUGUUCUGAAGACAAGGUCAUAAGAGAACAAAUAAGACUAUUAGAAUACAUUCCUAUCAUUCUGUUCUAGUGAGGGCGAUAAAUACACAUCUUAGUUUUAAGGGUGGAAUCGUUUCUAGAGUAUUAUGAUGGAUCACAACUGGUCUAGAACUAGUCUAGAAAGCAGUCAGCUUCAAAGAACACUGUGCCUUUAGACCCACAUCUAAGCUGAACCACACUGGGCUGGACUUUGUUCUUCGUUACAGACAAAUCGAUUGUCCCAUUUAGCAGAGCUACUGCCUAAACUGUCCCAGCUCAGCUGAACAACAUCAGAGAAGUUCACACACAUUUUGAAUGCUGUUAAUAGAAACGGUACCACAUAUGGGAUUAGUAUUACAAAAGACCUACAAAAAUUUUAACUCUUUUGCCUUUGUUUGAGGUCAAAUUUGAUCUGUUUGUUUUUCAUUGUUACAUUUCAUUUUCUGUGCGCUUUCUUUGCUGAAUUGAAGACUUUUUUUGUUGUUGUGAGGAAUGAAUAUAUUUUCAUAUGCUGUCCAGUAUUGAUAUGAAAGAUUUUGUAACUCUGCAGGUACAUAUUUUUUGUUGUUUUCUCAUAGAUAUUUUACACUUAUAGAACUGACCAAAUAUAAAUGUGCUUUAUUUGUCUUUUGGAAAAGUUAUUUUAGUAGCAUUUUCAUUGUGUUUUGAUGUUUAGAGAUUAUAUUUCCAUAAGCCAUUUUUUAAAGGAAAAUUCAGUCAUUGUAUUCGUACAGUGGUAGCCUUCAGUAGGUGAAACAUCCUCAACCUUGCAUCAGUCCAACAUUAGUAAUAUUUUCAGGGCUUUUUUAUUCGGUGACUGAGUGCAGCAAGCAUGUGGGACAGGAUUGCUAAGGUAGAGCCAAGGCUAAUGACUAUAAUUCAGAAACCGUAGAAGUGACCAAGGCUUUCUGACGACAGCCAAAGAACAUUCCUUUCUAACUGUCAACUGUAUACGACUACAAUAGCAGGUUUGACCUUAAAGGGACAGUGACAGCAUUUCGUGUUUCUGACAAUUCAUAAAGUCAGGGCUUAUUCACACAGCAGGGUUAGAGAAUUAAAAAUGCAACUGUCUCAACUGUGAUAAGCCAUGUUACUGACUAGAUUAUCCCAAAUAUAGAAUUUUCUCACGUUGUUUUUAAUUAAUUACAAUGUUCAUCUGAGUGUAAGCAUGUCAGGUUGUAAACAUGUUUCCUCAUAAGCAGUCUUUACCUCAACCAGCCAACCAAAGAAGCAUUAGACCUUUUUAGAGACUUUUAGAGGAUGCAGUUAACAGCAACAACGACAGGCUGGUAUUCCCUUUCGAUUGUGCAUUAUUUCACUUGUAUACACCCUGUUAAAUAUAUAUAUAUAUAUAUAUUUUAGUGAAUAUUUGGGGUAUUUGCCCUAUGUCUAGUCUCUGAUGAGUUUUAACCAGCUGCCUAAUGCUUAUUAUGUGUCAAAGAACAAUAUUUUUCACAUCAGCCUCUUAUUGAAAUUGGAGAUAUGUCUUGAACCAACUCUACCAACUCUAUUGUUGACUUUACAGUCUUUAUGAAAAGGUCAGAUACUUUUUUUUUUAAACCAGCAGAUGGAUCAAUAGUGGAUAUACAAAGAGAGGUGGUUAAACUGAGAGUAGACCUGCAUUCUACCCACACACUCUUAUUGAAAUUGGUUUCUGAUUUAGUUCUGUUGCUCUGACUUGUGACUUUGAGUUUAAUGUCACACAACAAAUGUUAAAUUGGUAUAGACUUUUACUCAUAGGAUUGAAAAUGGCUGUAUUUGUUUGUUUUUAGAUAAUCCUGUGUCAUGGGUCACUGCCCGUAUCUGUUGCAACAUUUGUAGCAGGAGAUUUUGUGUCUGUUAACAGUUUGAUUCCCUUCAUGAGGCCAUAUGAUGUCACUGAUGCAUGAGCCGAUGUUUAUCUUUGCCCUUUAGUUGAGGCUACUUAAUGGAGUUUACAUGAUAUAAAUUCCUUUGCCAAAGUGGAAAAGACUGUUUCAAAGCUUUUCUAUUUUAUCUGAAUAAAUGAAAUGCAAACUACCUAUUCACUAUGGCUGGAAUAAACAGGACUAUUUUAUCUCUAACCCACUGUGAUUUACUGUUGGUAACGUGAUAUUUGUUGGACACUUAAAUCCUCAGUGCCUCACGAUACAUGGUAUACAUUCAUUUACAGCACUUUUACAGGAUUAGUGUCAUGAAUUGACCUUCAUGUUGUACAGAACUGCAACUGGGAAAAACUCACAUUUCUGUUGUCCAUACUAGUGGAAAUGUCUGAGAAUUGUCUGACAUAAACCAUACCCAUAGAGGGUUAAGACAACGGGUUAGCACUUGCUGGCAAUCCAGCAGGUGAUGACACACAAUAACCUUUCUCUUCUAGGAUCUCUGUAAGUUUAUACAGUAUGUUGAUGAUACAAUAAUUUAUGUGCAUUAAUUUAUACUUGCUUAGACUAUAAUCCAGGUUAAUAUGUCAGUGAUAAAUUGGUAUUGUCAGUAUUUACUCAUGGUCAAAGCCUCUUUGUGCCUACUGCUCAAUUUGUUAUAUAUUUAUGAUUUUAGCGUGUUUGACAAGCCUUGGUUCAAUUCAAUUUCAUUAUCAGUUGUCGCUUUUUUAAAUGCCUUUUUUCACAUGAAUGCAUUUAAUAAAGGAUUAAGUAGUCA